UCCACGACGCGCAACAUGGCGGCCGGCAGCAUGGCAGCCCUCGCCGUCACGGCCCUCGUUCUGGUGUGCCUAUGGCAGAGUGGUUCAGCUCUGCCACAGAGGGUGAAGCGCCAAGACGCAUCCAGCACCGCGACCCCCACGACUACCUCCACGACGGCAUCUACGACGGCCUCCAGCACGCCAGCCUCCACGACAUCAACCGCACCUUCCACGACGACCUCCAGCACGCCGCCCUCGGUGGCAUCUACCGCGCCGCCCGCCACGAGCUCCACAGCGCCCUCCACGUCGGCCUCCAGCACUGCGGCAACCUCCACCGCGCCCGCGACUGCCACCGCCUCCCCGGCAGGGGCUGCAACCGCCUCCAGCACGACUGCCGCCAGCACGGGAGGGGCCGACGCCAGCUACUGGGGCCUGCUAGGGCUGGUCAACAAGCCCCACGGCCUCCACGGCCUCCACCUGCUGCUGGUGCCGCACGUGUCGCACCCGCUCGCCAACCGCCUGCACAAGCACAGGCCGAGCGAGGGGCUGCUGGUGGGACUGCAGCCCUCCGCCAAGCCCGCCGCCAAGCCCGCGCCGCCCUCCAAGCCCGUGGCCGUCACGCUGGUCGCGCUCAAGAAGCCCCUCAAGGGCCACCACAAGAACGUGCUGCACCGCUCGGGCGGGCUGACGCUCCCCGCCGAACCGUCGGCGCCGGGCGCGGCGUUGUACUCAGACGCCGAGGACGACGAGUACCCCCAGGCCGUGCGGCCCUGCGCGCACGACGCCUGGAGGACGGCGCCUGCUGUCGAGCGGCAGGACUGGGGGCCCGCGGCCCCGCCCGGCCCGCCCGGCCCCGUGGAGGCCGAGCAGUGGGUCAGGGGCCCCCCGGGCGGCCUGCCCCAGCAGCAGCAGCAGUGGACGCAGGCGCCGGCCUUCCCGUGGCCGUGGCCAGGCAGUGCCUCUUCCACGUCGGCCGACCCGUGGGGCGUGCUGCAGUGGCCGCGGAUGCAGCAGAUGUGGCGCACCCUGCUGGCCAUGCCACUGGCCAUGCCGCCGCACUACUAG